CAUCGCGCAUCCUCCCCACCAGCCUUCGACCCAGCAGGAGGCCUAACUCCUGUUCCCUCCCGACCAGACCGUCUCACCCAUCGUCACACUCUGGAAGUGCCGAAAGCGCAAACCAGAACGUCGAAAGAUGGAGGUGAUCCUACCAAUACGGAUGGCUUAGCUGGACGCCUCUCACCAAAUACACCCACGCGAAGGCGAGGCUCUUUGCAGCUCGUGAGAAGGCAGACGCGCUCCAUUCAUUCUGACAUGCAUCUUGAAGAAAUACCGCAGGACGAAGAUGCAGCAAGAUGGGCGGAGCAUAUCAGGAAUAAGCGAGCAUCUAAGAAACAGCGCGCCGACACGGACGACGACAGAGUCGUUGUGGGCACGAAAGUGGACCAAAACCACGUCAACUUUGUCACGGCCUACAACAUGCUUACCGGGAUCCGCUGCUGCGUUAGCAGAAUCAACGCAAAGCUAGAUCGAGAUCUCACGGGCGCAGAUUUUGAAGCGAGACACAAGCACAGUUUCGACAUUAGCGGCAGUGAGCUCACACCGAGCUCCAAGUACGACUUCAAAUUCAAGGACUACGCGCCUUGGGUUUUCCGAAAGCUGCGCGCCAAUUUCAAGAUCGACCCGGCAGACUAUCUCAUGUCACUGACUUCUAAGUACAUCCUUUCGGAGCUCGGAUCGCCUGGAAAAAGCGGCUCAUUCUUCUACUUCUCGCGAGAUUACAAGUACAUCAUAAAGACGAUCCAUCAUGGCGAACACAAAUUCCUCCGGAAGAUACUGAAGGAUUACUAUGACCAUGUCACCGAGAAUCCCAACACUCUCCUUUCACAAUUCUAUGGACUGCAUCGCGUAAAGAUACCCUAUGGGCGUAAAAUACACUUUGUGGUGAUGAACAACUUGUUCCCUCCGCACCGUGACAUCCAUCGAACAUUCGAUCUCAAGGGCAGCACAAUCGGACGCGACUACCGCGAGGAGGAUUUGGAGAAGAAUCCCCGCGCCACUUUGAAAGAUCUCAACUGGCUACGGCGCAAUUUGCAUCUGGAAUUCGGCCCUACGAAGAAGGAGGCUUUUGUCAAUCAGAUGCAGAAAGACGUAGCUUUGCUUCGUAGGCUCAAGAUCAUGGACUACUCCCUCCUGGUUGGCAUCCACGAUCUCGAGCGUGGCAACGAGGAGAACUUGCGCGACAAGACCUUACGAGUCUUCCAACCCGGAGGCGGCAAUGAGGAGCAGUCAAAUAAUCACCAGCUAGCACGAACACCAAGCAAGAUGGAGAAUGCAAAACGUGUUAGGGAAAUGCGAGACAUGGUCAAGAAGGAGCGACCAGUCCCGAUUAGCCAGACACUUGACAAGCUGCCUGAAGAGGCACAUCGAAGCACCUUCUACUUUUAUGCAGAUGAUGGUGGAUUCAGAGCGACUCACGAAGACGACAUGCCGGGUGAAGAGAUAUACUACCUGGGCAUAAUCGACUGCCUGACCAGAUACAACUUGAUAAAGCGAGUCGAGCACUUCUGGAAAGGCAUGGGCGGUCAUGAGGCGCAGAUCUCGCCUAUUCCUCCCGAACGAUAUGGCGAUCGCUUCGUCAAAUUCAUCUCUGGUGUCACGAUGUCUCGAGAGCGCGCCGAGAAGGAACGCCUAUCCACCGCCUUAGCAGCUGAUGCUGGCGUCGAAAUACCACCAGGUAUCGAAGGUACUGUCAACGACCCACGUCUUGGCGGUAUCAACAUCCACCGCGACAAGAUCAACCCACUAGGCACUGAGAAGGUCAUUCAAGCCGCUGAGCACAUGGCUGAGAAGAGCAGACGAAAAGGAUCGAACGAAGAGGAGAUACCAGAUCGGUCGAUCAUGACGGUUAGAAGCCCAGGUGGUGAACAGACCGAGUCGGCUACAUUGCCUGUCAUUGGUGAAGCUGCCGAAAGCAACAGCAAUGCAGGAUCACGCACACCUUCUCGAAUGACACGAGAACCGAGUCGAGAAGAGAUGAGGAACGCACGUGCCGUUCUUGGAAACGCCGAAAUGACAUCGGAAUCCAUUGGCGAAGUGCCUCCUCCAACGCCCCCUAAGAUUGAUGGUAGUACAGAUAGACGGAGCCUGGAGGAACGGCUGAGCUGGGGAGGACAACCGCCUCCGACCCCACCCAAAGACAAG